AUGGAUAAAGAAAAGAGACAUAUUAAUAUUGUCAUCCUUGGUCAUGUUGAUUCGGGCAAAUCGACUUGUAUUGGACAUCUCAUGUGCAAAUGCGGUGGAAUUGAUAAUCGAAUUGUUGAACGAUAUGAAAAAGAGGCUGCUGAGAUAGGUAAAACUAAGUCAAAAUAUGCAUGGAUUAUGGAUAGACUAAAACGUGAACAAGAACGCGCUAUCUGCUUAUGUUUUCCGCAGACUGGAUUCGAGACGAAAGCAUACUAUGUUACCAUCGCUGAUAUACCAGGUCAUCAAGAUUUUAUUAAGAACAUGAUUACAGAUGCUUUCCAGACUGAUUGUGGAUUGUUGGUCGUAUCUGCUAGUUUAGGUGAAUUCGAAGUCGGUAUUUCCAAGGAUGGUCAAUCUCUUGAACAUGUUCUAUUUAUGUACAACUUAGGUGUCAAACAAAUGAUCGUUAUUGUGAAUAAGAUGGAUGCAACAGAUCCAUCAUUUUCUGAAGGACGAUUCAAUGAAAUAAAAAAUGAAUUAUCGACACAAAUACAGAAGAUUGGCUAUCAACCAGAAAGUGUUGCUUUUAUUCCACUAUCUGCCUCGCACGGUGAUAACAUGAUCGAAUCAUCAGAAAACAUCCCUUGGUACAAAGGAUGGACAGUUGAACGUAAAAAAGGUAAUGUUACAGGAAAAACUCUAAUGGAAGCUAUUGAUGCAAUUAUUCCACCACAGCGGCCAAGCGAAAAACCACUUCGACUUCCUAUCCAGGAUGUAUAUAAAAUUGGUGGAGUUCUUACAGUGCCUGUGGGUCGCGUUGAAAGUGGUAUACUCAAGACUGAUAUGAAGAUCACGUUUGCUCUAUCAAAUAUCAAAACAGAAGUCACAUCAAUCCAAAUAUGUCAUGAGAGUAUUAACGGUACGGUUUAUUUUAGUUAG